GCAUCACGAGUGUGUGCUGACAGCCUCCACCCUGGGUGGACCUGGAGGAGGAGGGUCUCCUGCUGAGGGCCCAGCCAGUGGGCGGCCCUUCGAGCUGAUCAUUUAUGGAGGGCUGCUUCAUGGCGUCGAGGUCCCCGCAUGGUGACGAAGAGCCCCAUUGUCUGUGUGCUCGGAUCAGCUGCCGGUGCCUGGCUGCCGGUGCUGGUCUGCGUGGCGUGCUGACGGUACUUGAGAGCAGCCAUCCCCCUCCGGGCAGCGAUCUGCGUCCCUGGUGGAUUGCUUCUCGGAACUGACUUUUGCGAAGAUCUCGAUAAUUAUCGCCAGUGCCGAAUGUUUCCGGUUGUCUGAUUCUUUCCUCUCUCCCCUCGACGCCUCGCGACACCCAACGGCUGCAGCCGUCACCAUCAACAUGUCGGCGUUCCUUACGGAGAUGUGGGCGUGGUAUGCCCUGACCAUCAUCGCGGUCGUGGCGAGGAUAAUAUCGCGGCGGAUGUUGUACGGCUCCUUCAAGCGCAUGCUGUCGGAUGACUACCUGAUGGUCUUUGCCAUGUUCUGCUUCACCGGCAUGCUUAUCGUGGUCCACAUCCUGACCUACACGCCGACAAACCUCAUCAACCCGGCCGACGGCAUCGUUCUCACCCCCGAGGACAUUGACCUGCGCGUCUACGGCUCGAAGCUGGUCCUCGUUGUCGAGGAGACCCAGAUGUUCACCAUCUGGUCAAUAAAGGGUUGUUUCCUGCUCAUGUACAGCAGACUUACCAUCAGUCUGAAGCAGAACUGGAUGGUCAAGGCCCUGACCAUCUACUGCAUCGUCACCUUCAUUGUCAUGCAGAUCCUCUUCUUUGCUGCCUGGUGCCGCCCGUUCCACAACUACUGGCAGGUGCCUCCGGAUGACCUCAACUGCUCCGCCGAGACGAACCACAUGAUCACCAACGCCGUAUUCAACAUCUCCUCGGACAUUAUGAUCAUCAUCUUCCCGAUGCCGCUGUUUGUGCAGUCCCAGCUGGCCCUGAAGCGCAAGCUCGUGCUCUGCGGCGUCUUUGCGCUCGGUGCAUUCACUAUCCUCGCAGCCGCACUGAGCAAGUACUACUCCCUCGGCCAGCCCUACGGCGGCGACUGGAUCUACUGGUACAUCCGGGAGGUCUCGACGGCCAUCAUCGCGGCCAACCUGCCAAUGACGUGGACGCUGCUGCAGCGGCUCUUCCGCAUCGGCUCGUUCAACGGCGUCUACGGCAAGUCCAGCGGUCCACGCACGGGCGGGACUGGUGCGGGUGGCGUCGGCGGUGGUGCUGGCGGGACAACCCGUGGCGGCGCCGGGGGCAGCCGGUUCCGCUCCGCGUACGGAAAUCUCAGCAGCCAGGGCGGAAGGGACCACUACGAGGACGAGCGGACGCUCAAGAAGAAAUCGUCCACCUUGCAUGAGCUGGACGACAUCAGCCCUGCUGAUAGCCUGGAGCGUGUCAACAGCACUGGGAGCAGUGGUGGUCGCAGCGGAAAGCAGCGCAUGCCGCUCGAGAUCUACCAGCAGAAGGACAUCGAGGUCGUCGUGAGCGACGCGGUUGUCGAGGUAGACCGGACGCCGCCGGGGCUGAAGCACAGCAGGAGCAAGAGCAGGAGCAGGAGCGGGAAUUUGGCAAGGGCCGAUGGGGAUGCUGCUGGUCCGGGUCCGGCGGCGGGGCAGUAUGGCGUGCCGUAUGCUGCGAGCAUCUCGUCGCUUGAUAGCCUCGGCGAGCCCAAGGCGCCCGGGGCCGGGGAUAUGGGCGUCGUGACGCGGGCGUAUCGUGGUGUUUGAGGAUGGAGCGAUGGCUUCAAGGCUUAAGUUGGCGUUCCUCAAGGCUAUGAAUGCGGGAUAAAAGGACGUGUUCUUUUCAAUAGACAACCGGGAGCAUAGACAAAUAUAGUCACCACACGGGACCACUUUGUCAACUUAAAA